AUGCACAGAAUCGAAAGUUCUAUCGAAAAAGCUGUAAAAUACCGUUCCCAUGGCAUUUUUAUCACUGAAACCUUUGAAUUGGCGCGUCAACAGGCGAAAAAUGCGCUGAAAAACGGCCUAAAUCCCUUUCCAAUCGCCGUAAAGGACUGCUUUUUAACAAAUGGCACAAGCACGACAUGCGCCUCACAAAUGCUGGAAAAGUACACACCGCCCGUGAAUGCGACAAUCGUGGAGAGAAUCGUCGCGCGCGGUGGAUGUAUUAUCGGAAAGACGAAUCUCGACGAAUUCUGUAUGGGAACUUCGUCGGCUCUCGGACAUUUUGGACCGGUGAAGAGUGAUUUGACGGAGCCUGGUGGCACUGAGGAUUGGACUAUUCCGGGAGGAAGCUCUGGGGGCUCUGCAGUUGCCGUUCAGACUGGAAUCGCUGAUUUCGCUCUCGGCUCGGAUACCGGCGGUUCAACCAGAAAUCCUGCUGCUUUUAACGGAAUUUUCGGUUUCAAGCCAACUUAUGGAGUUUUAUCACGCAAUGGCUUGAUUCCUCUGGUGAAUUCACUGGAUGCUCCGUCGAUUUUCGCGAAAACCGCUCAAAAAUGUUGGGAAUUGCUGGAAUUAUCGAAGGGCAUUGAUAAAAACGACUCAACAAGUGUAGAACUUCCAGAAAAAGCUGGAAUUAGCUCUCUGGAAGGGCUGAAAAUCGGAAUUCCUGUGGAAUAUCACAACGAAUGCCUGACAGAAGACGCGUGGAGGCACUGGAAUCGGGUUACAGGGCUUUUGAAGAGCCGGGGAGCUGCUGAAAUUCAUGUGCUGAACCUUCCGACAACUAGAUUCUCGCUGGCUUGCUACUCGGUGAUCGCCGCCGCAGAUGUCGCCUCGAAUAUGGCGAGAUACGACAGUGUUGCCUAUGGCCAUCGUUCUUCAAGCGACUCUUCAACAUACGAAAUGUAUGCUUCUUCCCGGUCAGAAGCCCUGAAUACAAUUGUUCGACGGCGGAUUUUCGCUGGAAAUUAUUUCCUGAUGAAGCAAUAUCGCCAAAAGUACUUUGAAAGGGCGCUAAAAGUGCGGAGAAUCAUCCACGACGAGUUGCGCCAGGCUUUCCGGGAAGUCGAUUUGAUUGUCACGCCGACAGCGUCUGGAACAGCGCCGAAAUAUUCUGAAUUACGGGAUACGUUGUUCUCGAAGGAGGAUAAUGAUGAUUAUUUCACUCAGGCCGCCAAUUUGGCCGGGAUCCCAUCGAUUUCUGUUCCAGUUGGAGUUGCGGAAGAUGGACUGCCGAUUGGUGUUCAGUUGAUGGCUGAUAAGCUUCAGGAUAGAGCUGUCUGUGAUGUGGCACAUAUUUUGGAUGGUUUAAUUCGGAAAUAGAUUGGAAUUUAUAUGAAUAUUCAAGAUUUAACAUGUUUUUUUUUGAAUUUUUUGAGAUUUUUCAGGCAAUUAAAUUAAUUUUCCUAGGAAUUUAAACCAAUUUUUUCAUUUUUUCUGAGAAUUUAUUGAUUCUUCUGAGAAUUUAUUGAUUCUUCUGAAAAUUUAUUGAUUUUUCUGGGAAUUUAUCGAUUUUUCUGAGAAUUUAUUCAUUUUUCUGGGAAUUUAUCGAUUUUUCUGGGAAUUUAUUGAUUUUUCUGAAAAUUUAUCGAUUUUUCAGAUAAAUUAUCGACUUUUCUGAGACUUUAUCGAAUUUUCUGAGAAUUUAUCGAUUUUUGUGAGAGUUUAUCGAAUUUUCUGAGAAUUUAUUGAUUUUUCUGAGAAUUUAUUGAUUUUUCUGAGCAUUUAUUGAUUUUUCUGAGAGUUUAUCGAUUUUUUUGAGAAUGUAUUGAUUUUUCUGAGAAUUUAUUGAUUUUUCUGAGAGUUUAUCGAAUUUUCUGAGAAUUUAUUGAUUUUUCUGAGAAUUUAUUGAUUUUUCUGAGAAUUUAUUGAUUUUUCUGAGCAUUUAUUGAUUUUUCUGAGAGUUUAUCGAUUUUUUUGAGAAUGUAUUGAUUUUUUUCAUAAAUUAAAAAAAAACCGACAUUUUUUGUGA